AUGUUUUGUUUUUUUCCUUUCUUUUCUCUUCUUUUUUUUCUACUACAUUUCUUUCUUUGUCUUUUCUCGCCUCUCAUUGAUUUCCUACGUUUUUUUUCUUCCUUUCACUUUUCGCUUCUUUAUUAUUUCUACAUUUUCCUCUCUUAUUUCUCCUACUCAAAUUUAUCUAUCACAGGUUGUUCAGAUAUUAUAUAUUCUCUCUUAAAUAUGAAAAUUGUGUUGUGCCAACAUUUAAAAUGGGAUUUGCCUACCUGUCUACCUCUCUCUCCUUCUCCCUACUCCAACCUCCAACUCUCCCUGACCGUCUUUCCUAACUCUCUUCGCUCUCUCUCUCACUCUCUCUCUCUCUCUCUCUCUCACUCUCUCUCUCUCUCCUCCUACUCCAACCUCCAACUCUCGCUGACCGUCUUUUCUAACUCUCUUCGCUCUCUCUCUAGUCCACAUCUUUCUCUCACACACACACACACUCUCUCUCUCUCUCUCUCUCUCUCACUACUCCAACCUCCAACUCUCGCUGACUUCCACAUCUUUCUCUCCCUCUCUCUCUCUCUCUCUCUCUCUCUCUCUCCCUCUCCCUACUACAACCUCCAACUCUCGCUGACCGUCUUUCCUAACUCUCUUCGCUCUCUCUCUAGUCCACAUCUUUCUCUCCCUCUCUCACUCUCUCUCCCUACACCAACCUCCAACUCUUGCUGA